UCGCUAGUUCCUUUUCUUUUCGAAUUUCUCGUGGAAAACGCCAACAUGGGUUUCGCUACUCUCUGGUACUCGCAUACCCGCAAAUAUGGCCAAGGCUCCCGAUGUUGCCGUGCCUGCUCUAACCGCCACGGUCUGAUCCGCAAGUAUGGCCUUAACAUCUGCCGUCAGUGCUUCAGGGAGUACGCCAACGACAUUGGCUUCAAGAAGCUGGACUAAAUAUGUCCUCUUCGCAUUUUAACGCGUUAAUCGCGUCUCAAAGCAACCCCUUCCUGCAUAUUAAUGUAUGAAGUCGUCGGAUGUCGGGGACUCUGUAAAUUAGUAUGCCGGCAGCAACAGCAACAACUAUAAUCAUUUGGGGAUUUAAGCAAGGACAAAGCACAUCGAAGCAUUGAUUCAAGAUAGCCAGAAUGGCCAACAGUUACCACCUUCCGCGAAGGAUCUUUGUUACAGCACUAGUUUUGUUUAAAUCUCCGCCUGAUUAAACCCAUAACAAGAAACGUA